UUCCUAAGAGACAACGUUAACGUCAAUUGUUAUACUUCAAAGGGACAAAUCAUUUACUUACAAGGAUGUUGACAAUGAACUAUUCAAGAAUUUUAAAAAUUGUGAAUCAAGGGAAUUUGCUUUUAUAUUAAGUAACAAAUGGAAAGAGGAGGUAUUAAGCAGUUACCGGCCCUUCAUUGUGAUGAAGAGGAUGAUUCGAUAUUCGGUAUUCUACACGUAUACCGCCGCAGUACUUUGCAUACAAGUAAGGAACAGAGUGAUAGACUUGCAAUUUUGCAGAGAAAUGUAGCUUUAAAAGACACCAAGGAAACAAAGGUAGAAUCAAGAGGAGCUGUUGCUAAAGAAACCAAGCCUCGUGUUCAUCUUAAUGCAGCAGAUGCCCUCAUCUAUAAAAUGUUGAAAAAUGUAUCUAGCAUUGGCAGCCCAUUAAAGAAAUACGCACCGAUAAAACUGAUCGAUACUGGAACCUUUAGUCACGUGGUAUUGGCAGGUUUAAAGAACAGCACGUGUAACAGAAAGGUUGCAAUAAAAAUAAUCCAGGUAGAGAAAGUGCCCUACAAUAAGUUGCUGCAGGAAAUAAACAUAAUGAAGAAAAUCCGGCACGACAAUGUUAUCAAUGCCUUAGAUGUUGCCUAUGUGGAGGCUGUGAGGAAGGUGUGGCUUGUUAUGGAGUACAUGAGGGGAAGUUCGCUUGCUUGUCUUCUUAGGAAGAUGUUAUUAAAAGAAAGCCAAAUAGCGUACGUUUCGAAAGAAUGUGUGAAGGCGUUGACCUAUUUGCACGGGCAAAACAUCGUGCACAGAGACAUUAAAAGUAACAACGUGCUGAUCGACAUUCAGGGCAGAGUCAAAAUCACAGACUUUGGAACCAGUUUCGUAUACAGUAAAUAUGAAACAAAGCGGGAAAUUGUUGGAACUCCGUGUUGGAUGGCACCGGAAGUGGUUUCAAGGAAACCUUACAAUUUCAAAAUAGAUAUAUGGAGUCUAGGCAUCACAGUAAUCGAGAUGUUGGAAGGCGACCCUCCGUACAUCAAAGAGAGGCCGACAGACGCCAUGAAACUAAUCAAAAAGUUUGGAAAGCCAAAAGUUAAAAAGUUCUGCACUUUAAGCAAUGAACUAAAGGACUUUCUUGACAAGUGCUUGGAAGUGGAUAUGAACAAAAGAGCAAAAGCACGUGAACUAUUGAUACACAGGUUUCUUACUGGUGAGAGCGAGGCUGUAACUGCAGUUUGCACACAAAAAUGAAUAUUGUCUAAUCAUGAGAUUUAUUCUAUUCGCAUAUUUGAUCAAAAUAAAAACGAUUAAAU